UUUCUUUUCUCCAUUUUCUCACAAAAUUUCCUUUUGUAAACCCUAAACCAACCGACCUACUUACCUCUAAUUUCAAUUUUCAAUUUCCCCAACUCUAGGACUAAUGAACCAACAAACAACUCAGAUCCGCAAAUCUCUCUUUUCACAAAAAUUCUACGAUCUUUCUUCUCUACUUGACCAAGUCAGACUAGUUUCGUAAUCAACAAUGUUGAUCUGAAAAUUUCAAACUCCUCGUUAGAUCUACAAAAAUCUCACCUUUUUCCUUCUUUGCCGAUCUGGGUUUCAGGAUUGGUUUCUGGGUUCUUUAAAUUUCGACACUUUCUUAUAAAAACUGUUUUUCUGAUACAUAAAGUUCGAAUCUUUGCAUUGUGGAUUUGAAAAAGCUUGAAUCUUUGAAUGUUGAUGGUGGAUUAGUUUCUGGGUUGAAGAAGAAGAUUCAAAUUAUGGGUUGUAUUUGCUCAAAAGGAGUACGAACUAAUGAUGAUUACAUCGAGACAAGUCAUGUAAGUAUUGGUAAAGAGAAUUCUAAAGCUUUGAAGAAACAGUCUGAUUCAGAGGAAGCAGGUGUUAAUGGAAACGAAGCUACAUUGAGGUUGAUACCUAAUGAUGAGGCCAAGGACACUUUCUCGGAUGAGGAUGAGGAAGAGGAGGAGAAGAAAGAGACUAGCUUUGAGAGGAAAUCUUGUGAAUCAGUGUUGCAGAAAGCAAACGUUUUGGAGUUAGUUGAUAAUGUAGGACCUUUGCAGCCUAGGAUGAGUAGAAUUGGUAGUGUUAGUAAUGGAGAUAGAGCAGCUAAAGUUAUUGCUGGUUGGCCUUCAUGGUUGGUUUCAGUUGCUGGUGAAGCUAUCAAUGGAUGGAUUCCUCGAAGUGCUGAUUCAUUUGAGAAGUUGGAGAUGAUUGGGCAAGGGACGUAUAGCAGUGUGUACAGAGCCCGUGAUCUCGAAACUAAUCAAAUAUUUGCACUUAAGAAGGUUCGGUUUGCUAAUAUGGAUCCUGAGAGUGUGCGGUUCAUGGCGAGAGAGAUAAUCAUCCUUCGUAGACUUAACCAUCCAAAUGUUAUGAAGCUUGAAGGACUGAUCAUUUCAAAAGCUUCAGGUAGUAUGUAUCUUAUCUUUGAAUAUAUGGACCAUGAUCUUGCAGGUCUUGCAUCAACCCCUGGGAUUAAGUUCUCUCAGGCACAGAUUAAAUGUUAUAUGAAGCAACUGCUGCUUGGGUUAGAACAUUGCCAUAGCUGUGGUGUGUUGCACCGAGACAUCAAAUGCUCAAAUCUUCUUCUGGAUCGUAACAAUAAUCUUAAAAUUGGCGAUUUUGGUCUUUCUAACUUUUACCGGGGCCAACGAAAGCAGCCUCUGACCAGCCGUGUUGUGACAUUGUGGUACCGCCCACCUGAACUUCUGCUUGGGUCGACUGACUAUGGAGUUACGGUUGAUCUGUGGAGCGCAGGAUGCAUACUUGCUGAACUUUUCACUGGAAAGCCUCUUCUGCCCGGAAGAACAGAGGUAGAACAGAUGCACAAGAUCUUUAAACUCUGUGGUUCACCUUCUGAGGAGUAUUGGAGAAGAUCACGGUUGCGACAUGCAACAAUCUUCAAACCUCAACAUCCAUACAAGCGAUGUGUAGCCGAUACAUUUAAGGAUCUUCCUCCUUCCGCUUUGGCCCUCCUUGAAGUUCUUCUAGCUGUAGAACCAGAUGCACGAGGAACCGCAUCCUCCGCCCUUCAAAGCGAGUUUUUUACAACAAAACCUUUUCCAAGCGAGCCAUCAAGUCUGCCAAGAUAUCCGCCAAGAAAAGAAUUUGAUGUCAAACUUCGAGAGGAGGAAGCAAGAAGAAGGAAAGGUGCAAGCAGUAAACAGAAUGAACCAAAACGGUUUUCUAGAGAAUCCAAAGCUGUACCCGCUCCUAGUGCUAAUGCUGAAUUACUGACAUCAAUACAGAAACGUCUGGGAGAGACUAACCAGACAAGCGUGAGUGAGAAGUUCAUUCCUGAGGGAGAUUCUGGCAAUGGCUUCCGGUUCGAACCACUGAAGGGCAGUACUGCACAAAAUCCAUACCCAAUCUACUCAAACGGAGACAAUCAUCCUAACGGAUCAAGCCAACUGAGAACACAAAGGUCAUAUGUCCAACGUGGGGCAGCCCAAUUGUCAAGAUUCUCAAACUCAAUGGCACAUACUAGAGAUGGAUCACAGUUUGGUAGUAUGAGAGAUGCUAUGGUGAAUCAACGCUGGCUUGAAGAUGGUUCAGAGAAUUUCAAUUUGUCCCAAAGAUUACUUGAGAAACCUAAUGGUUUUACAAAAGAUGACCCCUCAUCCUCUAGCAAAGAAUCAAUAACGGGUUAUGAUGGUGAGAAGAGAGGGAGGAUUCAAUACUCAGGACCAUUGAUUCCAGGAGAAGGAAACUUGGAUGAAAUGUUGAAAGAACACGAAAGACAGAUCUUGUUGGCUGUACGACGAGCUCAAGCCGACAAGGCUAAGAGAGACGAUAACAGACAGGCUCAAGCCUCGUGCCCAGCUAAUGGAAGGUGAUAUUGUGGGAGUUUCUUAGAGAAAGUAGUACAAAUAAUAAACAAACAUUUUGGGAAAAUCUGAUGAUGGUUCUUCACAAUGCUUGCCCUUUAUUUUUUUGGUUGGUUAGACUUGUAUGGUUUAGGACUUAGGAUCUUGCGUUGUAUAGUCAAAUUGCUAACAGUUUACCUGACUUAUAUAUUCUCCAUUCUUUUAGUUAUCUAAUAAAUCUCCACAUUUAGUAA